GCGGAUCUGACCAGCCAAGGUGUGCGCGCCUCACCUGGAGGGAGGGGGGCAGGUCACCAGGUGUCACAGGCGCACACAGAUUACCUUCACGCACUUAACAUGAUCCAGAUUGAGACGUGCCCUGCGGAGACUCCUGAAGGUGCAGCAUGGCGCUGGUGGUUUGCUGAGCCCUUCAAGAUGCAAGGCCGCCAGAUGCUGCUGUUUUGCUCCUCCUUGCUGUGGUCCACGUCACCCCUUCCGCUGCAAAACAGAGGCUGAGGACGCGCGCCUUCCCCCUCCUCCCUCUCCCAUUCUCCCGCCACCCGCACCUGUGAACGAAGAUCGACUGAGGCGGCGACGUGGAAGCUCACCUAGGAAGUGUCACUUACUUGCCACGAAGAAUUUAGAAUGGUGUACCUUCACCUUCAGCUGGUUCUCGUCGCCCUGAUCUCCUUAGCCACAGCCCGUGACCGGUGGGUAUGGAGUGGGCAACGCAGCGGCCGUCACCUGGUGAGGGUCUUCAAUCCCUUCUUCCCUCCGCCAUUUCUCCGUCCCGCAUUACUCCCUCCAUUGGGCUCAGAGGAAGCUUCCUUGAGGCAAACAAGAAAGCCGAAGGUGGUUGAAGUCCCUGAUGCGGCAGAGGAGGUUAUAUCAGUCCCCUCAAGACCCACAGCACGAGGAGUGACCCAGGACACCCUUGUGGUGCAGCCGCUUCCGCUUGACAUUUCCAAACUCCCUCUUGAAACCUCGGGGUCAGAUGGCUUCCAGGAGGUGUUCGCCCCGCACCCUGCAGCCGCCCUAAGAUCUAGCGAGCACCAUCUGGCACUCACACUCCCCGGAGAGGACCAUCUGACCACCUUCCAGCAGGACACUGCCACGCCUUCCCUUCAGACUAAGACGGGGCACGUGGAGGCGCUUGUGGCCACGCCGGAUAUCUCCCAGCUGCCUCUGCAGUCACCCUCGUUCUCGUCUUUAUUCGAGACCUCCAGUUUCUCAGACGCGGGGCCGGCAGCUCCAGGAGACGAGACGCCCUCGCCCUCCAGGGACGCGGUGGUGUUCCCUGUCAAGAUCCUUGAGGAAGGCGCAGCGCAGAGGACAGUCCCGCCCCCAAGCUCCACCCCAGUCCCCACACGCAUCUUCCUGAAAGGUUUCAGCGCCCUAGAAGACACGCCCUUCCCUAGGAGUGACCGCCUGGAGGAGAAGCGCAUUCUGAAGAUUCUCGAGGCACUUCAGAAGGAAUCCCUCGCGUCGCAGAAUUCAAGGAACAUUAGAAUAGCUAUCCAGAACCUGCAACGGUUAGCUGAGGAUCUCAACACUGUAAAUGACGAGGAUCGAGUAGUCUUUCCGAGGCUUAUAGCUUCUGAUAGUGUAGGUUCUGAGUCCCGCCAUGAGGCUUUGCAGGUGAUCGAGCCUCCGCGGUUUGGCAGUGUCAGGAAGGACACAAAACCACUUGUCUUUGCAUUCCCUGUAUUGCAUCCACAGACCUCAUCCCCUAUACUUGACACACACAGGCCGGAGGGUGCGCUGGCCAAAAGGCUGGACACGGAGGCAGGAGGUCCCUUGACGGUGGUAUUUAAGGAACCCAAGGCUAUCAGGGAGGGGAGAAAGGUGCCUCCUUAUGCGUGGCUGUGGCCUGGGGAGACUCCAGCCAUUGCAGUUUCCAAGGCCUUCCACCAGCCUUCCUCUCAUGCCCUCUGACACACACACACACACACACACACACACACAUAGACACUCAUACACACACAGACUCACACACACACACAUACUCGUACAUCGUACAUACACGAACGCACACAGACACACAAAAAAUCAUGUCAUAUAAAAGUAGUUCUCAGUUCUCACCGGCUGCCCUUUCAGAGGCUUAAGCUGUAAAUUAGGUUUAGCUGAUUUUCCGGGUACCUUCCUGAUCUCCGCGAGCGUAUCUGUAGCCGUAGUAUUACCGUACUAACAUGUCCACUGGCGGUGUUCUUUUAAUUUAUUAUAUAACUGUAGUACUAGUUCACGUAGCGUUUUCUGUAGGUGUAGCUCAUUCACCAUUGUACUGUUGCAUUUUGCUGUUAAGUUUCUGUAAGAGUCCCGUGUGUCCUUCCCUCGUCUCGCUGUUCCGCUCAUUGCUGUUCGGUUCGUCGUCGUUUCGGUUUUCUUUCCAUUGCUUCUUUUUAAUAUUUUUUUUUACCCGGGGCGUGGCGUCAGCGUGACCUUCAGCCGCCCUCCUGCUCCGUGUCAGCGUUCGGCAUCUGCCUCGUAUUUUAUUUUCUUCUUCAGUGUUGAAGUAUUUUUCAAAUUUUACUUGAAUUAAUAUGAAAAGAAAACAGAGAGGACGGCAAUAUUGCUUAGUGUCAUUAUUUGUAAGAGUAACAGAUAGAAUGGACAUAAGAGACAUAAAUGUUAUAUGUUAUAAUUACAAAUAAUAUGUGUUCAGUUGGAAAUCCUCAAUAUUGUCUGAGGAUUUUUGUGAAUCAAAUAAUUCUCUCGUAUGCUCUAGAAUAAAUGAAUAUAUAUAUAUAUAUAUAUAUAUAU